CUUUUAACAUAACCCUAAAAUCAUCUGCAGCCACUUUCAUUCUUCUCUUCUCCCAAAUUUGAACCCUAGCAGAGAGCAUACUACCCUAGCUAGUAGCCACUGACGUGCUAGAAGCUCCUCAUUGACCAUGGCGGUUCAUGGUAGCGGCCGACAAUCCCUCACUCAUGGCGGCAACCAGCAACCCCAAGCCUUCUCCCCACACCACCAUCUUCGAUUUUUGCCCGGCUAUUACCGUUCGUUACUUCCAUCGUCAGACGUCUUCUCCGCCAUCGUUAGUGAUCUUUUCUACCAUCCUCAGUCCUUUUCUCCACGGUUUGCAGGAAAGAAGCUCUCUCUUAUUGACUCCGUCGCUGCCAGCGGCAUCGCGGCAGCGCUCAUUGUCACUCCGACGAACCCCGCAACAGCUCUUAGGCUAUACACCACUGUUUCCCAUCGACUCUUCUGCGAUGUCAUUAUUGCCACCAACAUUGCUUUCGGACCUACAGUUCAAGAACCUUCUCUCAUUAUGGUCCCGCACGACCAUUAAUUGAAGCUCGAAUACAACUGAAGCACAAGAAGGUAAAUUGAAACUAGACCCCCCGUUUAUGACUCAUCAAUAUUAUUAGAUCAAAGCUUAUAGUAGCAAUUGCAUCUAUGCAUCUUGUGCUUAUUUUGAUUGCAUAAGAAUUAGAAACCAAGUGUGAAGAAUUUAUUGUUCAUUUGUCAAAGAAAUUAUAAUGUAUGUAGUUUAGGAACAAUAAGAUUAUAGCUUUAGGUUUUAUACUAUAAAUAUAGUUUGUAAAUUGGCUAUUAAAAGAUUGGAGGCAGUGGAGGAUGCCAUUGAAAGCAUCGAAAUUGUCUUGACAGCUUAUUUAGGAGAUUGGUAAAAAAUAAAAAUCAAAGUGUCUCUUUUAAACAUUAUAACUCAAUAAAGCCUACUUACUCAUUCUUAUCUCGCCAAAUUCUACAAAAACAUUCAAAAUUUAAGAGAUCUCUUGACGGUAAAAAGAAUUAAUCUCUUUGAUAUGUGCAUUUUUAAUCAAGUUGGGUGUUGUCUGAAUCAAUGGCUUUGACAUGUGUCAUUCAAUUUUAAGCAUUAAAAAUAUAUUCCUUCCAAUUCUAAGUAGAGUAGCUUAAAGUGAUAGAAACGAAUGAACAAAGAUAUUGAGUAAUCAGAUUUUUUUAAUCAUGUGAUUUUGAGAAGAAAACUAAAUUGAAUUGUAGGCAAAUUCUGGGUUAGUGAUAAACCCCAUUUGUAAGGUUUAUCUUGUAUUGAUUUUAGGGGAUAUUUUAACCUUUUAUCCACAUUUAUCCAUUGAAAUAGCAUGGUUUUAUAACUUUUCCUUUAAUUGUGCUUAAGAGUGAAAACAUGCUUUUUAGGUCUUAAAAUAGUUAAAUCUAAUUCUCCUUGAUUCCAUUAGAUGCCUUGAUAUGUUUGUUAAGUGAUUUAAGGUUUAGGAGGCAAAGAUUGGAUCAAGGGAAUGAAGAAAGAAGCAUGAAAAGUUGGAGAACUCAUGAAGAAAUGAAAGAACCGGAAAGCUGUCAAGCCGACCUCUUCGCACUUAAACGAUCAUAACUUGAGCUACAGAGGUCCAAAUGAUGCGGUUCCAGUUGGGUUAGAAAGCUAACAUCCGGGGCUUCGAAACAAUAUAAGAUUUGCCAUAGUUGCUACACGUAUGGUGGCGCGCACGCGCAAAGUACGCGCACGCGCCGUUGCUGCCACCUGGUUCACUUAAAGCAAAACGUGGCCAGCAAAUUCUAAAGCCUUGUGGGCCCAAUCCAACUCAUUUCUGAUGCUAUUUAACCCAAGGAGUGAAGAGGGAAACAUAUGUUAGUUACCAUUAUUUUAGGAUUAGUUUAGAAGUAGUUUCUAGAGAGAGAAGCUCUCACUUCUCUCUAGGAUUAGGAUUAGGAUUAGUUCUUAGAUCUAGGUUUUAAUCUUUGCUUUCUUCUACUUCUAUCCUCUUAAUUCCUUGUUGUUACAUUCAUCUUCCUCUAUUCUUUUGUUGUAAUUUCCUUUAUGUUGUUCUUAUACUUUGUUGUAGAUCCACUUUUGUUCCUUCCUUUCUCUUUCAAUUCAAUUCAAGGUAAAUCAUAAUAAUUG